CAAUUCCGCGAAUUCUUCUCCAAAAUCCACCGGUACAACCGCCGUUAACCACCGUCAACCACCAUAUCUACCAACCAACCACCUCUCUACUUCUUUCCCAUGGGUGCUAAUUCAUCACUACUAAGUCCCGACAGUUCAGAUGGGUCUAACCAUCCAUCAAAGCUCAAGCUCGGCGACAUCCCGGAAUCCUGUGUUGCUCUGGUCUUAUCAUACUUAGAUCCGCCGGAGAUUUGCAAAUUGGCGAGACUCAAUCGAGCAUUCAGAGCUGCUUCCUCUGCCGAUUUCAUCUGGGACGCUAAAUUGCCCUCCAAUUAUCAUCAUCUGGUGGACGACUACCUAAUUAAAAACCCUUCCAAAUUGGGGAAAAACGAAAUUUAUGCUCGCUUAUCCCGACCGGUUCCUUUCGACAGCGGAAACAAGGAAUUCUGGUUGGACAAAAGAACAGGAGGCCUAUGUUUGUCGAUUUCUUCCAAGGCAUUGGCCAUCACCGGAAUUGAUGACCGGAGAUACUGGAAUUAUAUUCCCACAGAUGAAUCAAGAUUUCACACGAUUGCAUACCUGCAACAAAUUUGGUGGCUAGAGGUAGAAGGAGACAUGGAGUUCCAGUUUCCGGCAGGGACAUACUCGUUGUUGUUCAAACUCCGACUCGGGAGGUUCACGAAAAAACCGGGCCGUAGGGUGGCUACCCACGGCGGCCAUGAGAGCGUCCAUGGGUGGGACAUAAAACCGGUUCAGUUCCAGCUCACAACCCCCGAUGGUCAACAGGCCAUUUCCAAACGUUUCUUGGAAAACACCGGGAAUUGGGAGUACCACCACGUCGGAGAUUUUGUUGUUGAUGAUCCAAAUACGCCCACAAAGAUAAAGUUUUCACUGACUCAAAUUGAUUGCACACACACAAAAGGUGGUUUAUCCAUUGAUUCGGUUCUCAUAUGCCCUAGUGACUUGGUUAAAAGUUUUAGAGCUAUAUUAUAGCCACAAUGCUCCCCUCCCUUUUUCUAUUAUGAAUCGGCCGAGACACUGUAUAAAUAAAUCAGACAUAAGACUCCAGUACCUACAAAAUGGCCAAUUCACAUUGGAAUUGAAAUUCUUGUUAGACAUGAUUGUAAUGUCUUAAUGGUCGGUUUUGAACACAUUUUUGGUGAUUUUUAGAGCUUAGGGAGAAAUUGUUAUUAGUUUUUUUAGAGUUAAAUUGGGUAGAACGAUUGUAAAUGUGUCACAAUAGUGUCAAUUUGAUGUUGUAAACAUUGUAUAGUUCUUGUCGACUAUUUUUGUAAUCAGAAAAGACAGUGAGGUG